AUGGAGAACGUGGAAACUGUAUUGAUGAAGUUGCCCAAGAAGUCUGUGGACCAGCAAAUGAAAGAUCUAUUCCAGAAAUUUCCAAAGCCAGUCAAUCCCGGAAAAAGUCACACUGAGAAGUUAGAAACACCCUGGCUCUUCAGCAUUUGGGAUAUUAACCAGAAGUUCUUCUCCUGGGAGAACAACACUCUGAUAGCAGCCCCACAAAAUUCCAACUCAGCAGUGGAGUUAAUAGCUGUGGUCCCCAACAGAGCUAUUCCUGAAAAAGAAAAUACAUACCCUAUCAUUCUGGGCCACAAAGAUGGAAAUCACAUCCUGUCCUGUGUGGAAUCUGGUGGCCAGCCUCAACUACAGAUAGAGGAAAAGAAUAUCAUGAAUCUCUAUGAAAAAAAUGAAGAAUUCAAGAGCUUCACUUUCUUCAGUAAGACUGGACCAAGCAAUGACCCCUGCAAUGUUGAAUCUGUAGCUUUCCCGGGUUGGUUCAUAAGUACUUCGACUGAGCCAAACAAGCCCAUUGCUUUGAGUCGCCCGGGACAAACUGAGAUCACUGAUUUUUAUUUUGACAAAAAGGACCAAAAUGAACCAGAAUAG